UUCUGACGUCACCAUUUGGGCGCACUGUUCCUUCUUCCGCACGUUCGCGCGCCGCCUGCGUCAUUUCCGCCCGCUGAGGGAGGAGGACAGAGGAGCGGAAAAUGGCGGACGGUGUUGAUCACAUCGACAUUUACGCAGAUGUAGAAGAGGAGUUCAAUCAGGAAACGGAUUAUCCCGUUCACGAGCAGAUCGACCUGUACGAUGAUGUCAUCUCCCCCUCGGCCAAUAACGGUGAUGCACCCGAGGACAGAGAUUACCUAGACAACCUGCCCGCACCUGGAGGCACCGAGGGGAAUAAAGGAGCUCCGCCCAACGUCGUUUACACCUACACGGGCAAACGCAUCGCUCUGUACAUCGGCAACCUCACCUGGUGGACCACAGAUGAGGAUCUGACUGAAGCAAUUCGCUCCAUCGGCAUCAGCGACGUUCUGGAAAUCAAGUUCUUCGAGAACCGAGCUAACGGACAGUCGAAAGGGUUUGCGUUGGUGUGUGUGGGAUCAGAAGCCUCCUCCAGGAAGUUGAUGGAUUUGCUGUCGAAGCGAGAGCUGCACGGCCAGAACCCGAUCGUCACACCCUGCAACAAACAGUCGCUCAGUCAGUUCGAGCUUCAGUCACGUAAGAGCACCCAGUCGGGGCAAAUGUCCGGGGAAGGGAAGGCUGGACCGCCAGGUGUGGGUCCCCGCGGCGGUUUUCCCCUAGGUAGGGGUCGAGGGCGCUUUCCAGGUCCUGCAGGGCCAGGAGGAGAUCGCUUUCCUGGACCCGUUGGACCUGGGGCGCCCCCUCCACACUUCCCUGGUGGUAUGCAGGGUCCUCCCCGGCCUCCUCCAGGCCCCCCUGGUCCUCCAGGUCCUCCUGGCCCUCCACCUCCUGGGCAAGGUUUAGCCCCACCCCUUUCAGGCCCCCCUAAUAGAGGGGACCGCCCACCUCCUCCUGUCCUGUUUCCUGGUCAGUUUGGCCAACCUCCGCUCGGCCCGUUACCCCCUGGCCCACCUCCUCCGGGUUAUGGUCCACCCCCUGGCCCACCCCCACCUCAGCAAGGUCCACCUCCUCCUGGCCCGUUCCCACCUCGUCCCCCCGGUCCUAUUGGCCCUCCCUUGGCUUUAGCUCCACCCCCUCACUUACGUGGUCCCCCUCCUGGAGGCCCACCACCUGCCCCCCACGUCAACCCUGCCUUCUUCCCGCCGCCCGGAAACAACAACAUGGCAGCGCCGGAUAGAGCCCCGCCCCCCAACGACCCAUACGGACGGCCCCCUCCUUAUGACCGGGAUUACGGCCCGGGCAGGGAGAUGGAUGCAGCUCGGGCCCCUCUCAGUGAGGCCGAAUUUGAGGAGAUAAUGAACAGAAACAGAGCUAUCUCCAGCAGUGCUAUAUCCAGAGCCGUGUCAGACGCAAGUGCAGGAGAUUACGGCAGUGCUAUUGAGACACUGGUGACUGCAAUUUCAUUAAUAAAGCAGUCGAAAGUUUCAGCUGAUGAUCGCUGUAAAGUGUUAAUCAGCUCUCUGCAGGACUGCCUGCACGGCAUAGAGUCCAAAUCCUACGGCUCGGCCUCCAGGUACACUGCUCACCUGCGCUCAGAGCUCAUCUCUGCACAACGUAUUUCUGCACUCCAAUCGUCCUGUCCUCUCCCUGACUCUUCCGUCUCUCUCAGCAGACGAGAGCGAUCGCGGGACCGGGACCACAGUCGCUCUCGUGAGAAAAGUCGCCGUCACAAAUCACGCAGCCGCGAUCGGCACGAAGAUUACUACCGAGAGCGGAGCCGUGAGCGAGACCGCCAUCGCGAGCGGGACCGCGACCGAGAGAGAGACCGCGACCGAGAGAGGGAGUACCGCCAUCGUUAGGACGAAGAGCUCCGCUACGACGCUAGAGGACAUACCAGGUAGGUAACUGUAAGGUAAGACCACACACACACACUUAUUUUUUUACCACACUGAAGACUUUCUUUUUGUUUUCAUUUCUAAUUAAUUACUGCUCAUUCCAUGCUGAAAAUUGAUUAGUUCAUGAUUUGAUUUGUACUGAUGACCUCUUAAAGGGUAUUUAUGUUUAUGCAGGACAAACACACACACACACACUCUUUGAAAGCAGUGUUAUUUUCGUGCCUAUGUGUUUGUAGACAUUACCGUAAUUAAAUUAUGAUAAAAUAUUUGCAUUCAGGUGCAGACUGUAAGAAGUCAAUGAUUGUUCAAAUGUUGUAUACAAAUAGGUUAUGAAGUAUAUUUUGAGAGUGAGUAAAUAGUAAAUGAGGAUAUGUUGAAUUUUGGGAUUCUGCAGUCUGGAAUGUUAAUGAUGUGCGUUUUUAAUAAUCAGUGUAUGUAUGGAGAUUGUACUAAAGUACAGGGAUUUAAUUCAAUAAUAACUGGUUUUGUUGGCUGUAGAAAUGAGAUUAAGUGAUUUUUAAGUGCAAAAAUACAUUUCCAAUGUUGGUGUAACCUGUGAAGACCAGUAAUUAUAUUUUGAAGCAGUUAUUCCUGAAUCUAAGGCGCUAUUUAAGCGUUAAUUAGUGCUAUAGCAUUUUUUUUUUCAACACUGACUUAAAAGCAUUCUAAUUCUCAGUGAUUAAUUUUUAUAUCGUGAAUAUCUUUGGAAAAACUUCCCACAGUAAGAGGUUCUCUGAAACCUAAAUGCUGCCUUACAGCCAAGGUAGUAGUUUUUGCUCAUGUACCAAAUCCAUUCAUUGUUAUUUGUAUUUUCUUCAGAAAAUUGGCACAAAAAAGUAAUGUAUCUAUCUUGGUUAUAGAUAUUUCUGUAAUUGUAAUAAAUUAGGCUAUAUUGAAGUACUUAAUUUAGUUUCACCUGUUGAAAUUUGGUAUGUGAUCGAUUUAGUUAUAAACAGACAGAAAUCUGGGAUGGAUUGAUCCAAAAUGUUCAUUUCUGUGGCUGUAAUCUUUGGAAAAACAAUAAAAUAUGCUGAGGUUGACUGUUUUAAGGGUUUAUUCAGAAAUUUAAACUUCACUUUUGUAGCCUGUUAGUAUUAAUGUUGUAAUGAGAAAAUGAUUAAAAUUCUUGUACUUAAGAACUAUGAGGCUUGACUGAUUUAAUAUUUAAUAAUGGAAUAAAUUGGCUAUAAUCUGUCGGAAAACCUAUAUGUAUUGGUGAUCAGUAUGUUCUGUUAUACCCAAUCAGGUUGAUUUAAUUGAGUUGCAGUACCAAAACGUAAAAUGUUAAGGUACUAAGUACAGAUAUUUAAUAUCAUAAGUCAGUGAUGGAUGAAGUUACUGUUUGUAUACACGAAUUUUACAUGACUUUGUAGUAUUAAAUGUUUAAAUGCUUAAUUUUCCUUUGCUAUCAGAUCUUCAAAUGAAUUUAUUAAGAAUAUGGCUGGUGUAAUGAUCAUCACAUGUCAAAUUGUUUAAUUGGUAAAUCAGAUUGGCUUUAUUCUGUCAAAACUGUUUUCAAUUUUUCUGUCUUGCUAAAAAUUUUGCCAAAAGAGUGUUUGAAAAAAGAAAUUCCCAAAGUUAUGUACAUAUGCAGGUUCUUUUGAUGCCAUGAUGGUGAGAAAAAUGUAAAGUUCUAGCAUAAAAUGUCCUUAUUAUCAGAUGAAAGCUGAGGCCAUGUUUAGUGUAAUGGUAAUUAAAUUCAGUAUUGUUAGUUAGUAAAGUAGUCUUUUUGGCUGUUUUGAAAUAAUGUGUGGUCCUAAAUUUGUUCAGAAAAAUUGAAAAACCUGUAUCAUUGGUUAAGUGGUGUUUUGGCUAUUUGAAGUAAUCUUUGUGGUCCUCAACUGUUUUGAAAUUUUUGGAAUUCUGCUUUUUGGCCUUUUGUUCACAUUAGGAAGCGACUAAAUUAAUAUUUUUAUAGUCUUUUUUUCUUCUUUUUCACAAGUAACUAAUUUUAAAUAAAAUAGCUGGCUCAUGUUAAAAUCUCCCAGUUAACAUAGCAGACUUUGUUGGAUUUAUUUAGCAACGGUGAUGUUCACUAGUUUCCUGUGUUGUAUGUAUAUGUAGUGCAAAGUUUGAGAACUGUGGGACUUUGGAGAACCCAAACAACAAUAAUUUGUAUUAUUUCACCACAGUAUAUGCUUAUUUACUAUUGCCAAAAUAAAUUCAGUGAAAUAGUCACUUGUUGCUUUGUCACUUGCUAAUGUGAACAUAAUGGUAAGGGAUUUUUGAGCUAACUAGCGAACUAGAGUUUGAUGAGAGAUUGUAGUGAAAUCUAAAGUUGAGCUUAUAGGAUCAUUAGUAUUGUGUAUUUGGAUGAUAUCAUGUUUUGCUGCAGGGUAUUUUUGCAUUGAUGUGUAAUUCAGAAAGUGUUCAGUUGAGAAAAUCUGAAAAAGGAUCAAACAUGUAGGUUCGAUAUAAUUUCCAUUAACUUCAGGUUGAAUCAAAUGUCCACAAACAAUCUCGAGUUGCUUUUAAUUUAAAGAGCAAGUAGUCAUGGUCACUACAACUACAUUGUCCGAUACUGUAAGUGUUUAUAAAUGUUAACUAUAGCAAUUCUUCUCCAUAUUUGUAUUUAUCUAUUGAAGUUUUAUAGUUUUACUCUAAAGUAGGCUUUGGUUAACCUGACUUUAAAAAAAAAAAACAACCUGUUCAAUCAAAUGUGAAGUUAGAAUUGUUCUAUAAUUCGAUGAGUAACCUUUUGAAUAUGAUUGUGUACACUUUCAUUCAACAUGGCCUGUUACUAUGAUUAUGUAGCAUGACAUUUAUUCUCUUUAGUCUGAAAUGGAGAAGUGUGAGGACAUUGUCCGUACUUUGCUUUUGCUUCUGAUCUCAUUAUUACUGAAAGGUGAGACUUCAGAAAAUGUUUUUGCCAAUUUGUUGUAAUUUAUAGCUUGAUGAAUGUAACUGUCACAAGUUACAGCAAAUUCAAAUUUAUGAUCAAAAAUGUAUUUUUUUGCCAAGAAAAAGGUUAAUAAAUCAGUAUGAAAGAAAUAAUUUUAGGUUCUAGGGAAAGGGGGCAGGUGUAUCGAGUAAAGUUUAAGGUUUGCCAUCAGCCAAAUAAUUAUUUAUUUAUCUAUAAUAUUAAUGUAUCAUUGAAAUGUUGAAAUGCCUGUAAUACCUAAAUAUAAUCAUAUCUAUUUAGUAGAAGGCUUAUGAUUGAUGAUUAAAAAAACCCUAAUAAGUAACACUUAAUAAAUCUAUUUAUUAUUGAUUUUAAAUAAAAUUGAACUUUUCAAAUUUCAGUUGUAGCUUGCCAUACCUACAAACAUAACUACAGACUUCAUAAAUUACUUUGUGUUUUUACCCAGUAGUUUUGUAAACUUGAUAAACCUGCCCCGAAGGUUGAAGUUAUACUGUAAGUCCAUUAAAGUUUAUUUUCUCCUGCAAUAUAGACUUAACAAUACAAGUAUAUAGCACUGUAGAAUUCAUCAGGUGCCAUUAGUGCCUGUCACGUAUUUACCUACAUUUAGUACAAAACAUUUUUUUACGUGUGUGUCACAAUUCAGAUUGUCAUUACAUUGUCAAUAUACAGGAAGUUGAAAAUGGUUGAUUUUAUUCUGAGGUUCUGAUCAAAUUUGUGCCUUCAUGCUGAUCAUUCAAAGCCAAUAUUAUUUGACAAGUUGUCAAGGAAAUGGUAAUGAAUUUUGGUGCUAAAAAUUCUGCUGCACGUUUUAUCAUUGUAUAACAUCAAGUUGCAGUUAAGUUACUUAAAAAGUAAGAUAUUUAACUUGAUAAGGGAUGAGUAAGGGAACACACUUGCAAGCUCGAUGGUCCAUUUUAAAGUAAUUCAACUGCAACCAGAUAAUUUAAGUAAAAUUCCAAAUAUCUGGCUUUGAAGAGCAUGGAGCACAAAACAUUUAUAAAUAUAAUUGUUUUUUAUAUUCUGAAUUGCUUCGCUUUAGAAGUUGCGAACAGGUUUGUGCCCUUUUGUGUACACUCAACAAAGCAUGUGCCGAUAUUCAGUUUUUCAGUAUAUUACCAGUAUUUAGUAUGCAUCAAAUUGUAUUUAUAGAUAUUAUAAAAGACAAUUUAAGCUAAGGAUGUUGAUCAAAUGCACGUUUCAAUUAUAUGCAGAUCUAGUAUCGGCCCAUGCCUUGAUUUUGGUGUUUUUUCUGUUUUUGUUCUCGUGUUUUGCAGCACAUGUAGGUUUAGUUGUAUUAAAUUCAACCAUAAAAAUAGAACAUUUUAUGCUUUCUAGAUAUUUUAUUUAUAGAUUUGUCUGGUGGAAGGAGCUGACAUUUAUUAUUAUGAUUAUUAUUAUUAUUAUUAUUACAUUAGGUGUUUUUUUUUUGUUUGUUUCUUUUAGGGUUGUAUGUUUUUAAACAUUUCUCUUCCUGUUACAGGGUUGGACAAACUGUCUGUAUGUAUGUACAUUGGAUAUAAAGUCUGCACACCCUUGUUAAAAUUGCAGAUUAUUUUGAUGUAAAAAUGGAAACCAAGAGAAAUCAUGCCGGAAAUUUCAAGUGAAAAAUAAAUAUUCUAAGGUGGGAAAAGAAAACCUGUGCAAUAACCUUCUUGCACACCUUUUAUCUAAUAUUUUAUUUAAUAUUUUAUUCUACUCUUCCUUACAAAAAUGCUCCAGAUCUAUCAGAUUGUGUGGGGAUCUCCUAUGCACAGCUGUCUUCAAGUCAUUCCACAGGUGUUGGAUAAGAUUUAGAUCUGGGCUCUGACUGGUCCGUUCCAAAAUGCUUUUGAAGCAAUUCCUUUGUUGACUUGGGAUUCGUUAUCGUGCUUGAAGGUGACAUUUUUCUUCAUUGUCAGCUGUGUAACAGGACUACAGUUUCUGUGCUGAGUUAGAUUGGUAUUUGGAGCGAUCCAUGGUUCCCAGUCCCAGCUGAAGAGAAUCAGAACCAUUGUGUGAUGCUGCCACUACCACACUUCACCGUGGGUAUGGUGUUCUUUGGGUGAUAAGCUGUCUUGUUUUUAGACCAAACAUGUCUUUCAUAAUUAUGCCAAGUUCUAACUUGGUCUCGUCUGAGCGUAACACAUCUCGCCACGUGAUUUGGGCCGUUUGUUUAGUUUUUUUGUUUUUUUUUUGUGAGAAAAGGCUUUCUUCUAGCCACCUUACGCCAUAGCCCAGACAUAUAAGAAGACUACAAGAGACCGUCACAUGCACAGAGUAAUCUGUACUUGCCAGAUUUUCCUGCAACUCAGUCAGUGUUGCUGUAGGUCUCUUGGCAGCAUCCCUGGUAAGUUUUUAUGUAUUUUGGAGGGACGUCCAGUUCUCUGCAGUGUCACUGUCGUGCGCUAUCUUCACUUGUUGAUACUUCACUUGUAAGCCUUUGAGGACCAUUGCUUAAGCAGUCGGAUGAAACCAAGAUUUUGUCAAGAAACUCGUGUAUCUGGACUUUAUUUGGGGUUCAUCAGAAUCACAUCAUUGAUGACCGCAGUAUGAUUACUUUUGAUCAUGAGAUUGAGUGGGAUUGGUUCAUUCUGAGCACAGUCACUCGACCCAUUACAAAAGAAGAAGCCUGUCACGUUUACAUUAUAGUACGUUGGGGUCAGAGUGCAGGGUCAGCCAUGAUAUGGCGCCCCUGGAGCAGAGAGGGUUAGGGGCCUUGUGCAAGGGCCCAACAGUGGCAGUUUGGCAGUGCUGGGGCUUGAACCCCCGACCUACUGAUCAGUAACCCAGAGGGUGUGUACAGUUAUGCUAUAAAAUAAAAUCUAGUAGUCAUUAACUUGAAAUUUGACGUUUUCUUGGUUUAAUUUUUUACAUUACAAAAACCUGCAGUUUUAACGGGGGGUGUAAACCUUUUACGCUCAUUGUAUGUAAAACAUUUACUCAGAACUGAGUAAAAAGUCUAAAAGUCAAGAGUAUGUCUUCACAAUUCGGUUACUUAUAUUUUUAUCCUCAUCAAUUAACCAGCCAGAAUGAUUCAACUUUAUGAAUUAAAUCCCGACGUUUAUUUGUCCAGCCCUGAUUUGUCUUAUUCUGCUAUCCAAUUCGUACCAUCUCAAAUAUUUUAUAAUUGUUAUGCUCACUUCAUCGACAGUAUUACAAAUUAUUUAUAAAAAGUGAGGUUAUAAUCAGGACAUUUUGGAAAACUUUCUAUCUAUGUAUAUAAAUCUAAAUUUUAGUCACUUUGUCAUCCAGCAUAUAUAAAAGUAGCUUCAUAUCAGGCAAAUUAUAAGUUUCCACAAAAAUGUUCUGAUUUUGCCAUUUUGACACAAGUGGUUAUAUUUUUACAUGUUAUUAAUAUUUUUGUAGUUGAUGGAUGAAUUGUGUGGUAUGGUAUGUGUUCUAGGAUGGGUAAAUGGGAUAUACUUUAAAAAAACAACAACAAUUGAAUUAACAACUGCGAUAAAACGAAUUGUAAUUGGCUUUAGUUGAUCUUCAUAAUUAAGUUAUAAAUGGCCAUUUCCAAUUAAAAUGUGCUUCGAUUUCUGACAGAUGAUUAUUUUGCUUCAUUAAAUAUUACAGAAAUAAGGUUAAAUUUCAUAGAUCUGUUAAAUAGUAAUACUAUUGCUGCUCAUUUAAGUCUUCUCAUAGCAGUUGUAUUGUAAUUGGUGAGAUAAAUAUUAAAAAUCCUUAUUUUUAAAGCCUUAAUUUUUCCCAAAUUCUUUUUGAUCUAUUUGUGUAAUGUGUAACGCAGAUUUAAUCUCAAACAGUGAAGAUAAAAGCUGUCUGAAGUGUUUAAAUUUGGAUGUGUUGAAGGUAAAUUUGUGAAUGAUUUUCUGACCUUGAACUUGUUAAAGUUUGAAACGAGAGCAACUCGCAUGCUUAUUGUGUGUAAGUAUAAAGUGUGUGUGUGUAUGUGUGUCUGUGUGGGUUUGAACCCCCAAACCAAACUGCCACCUCCGUUUCUGACACCUUUCAGCUGAAUGGAAGAAAACGAGGAGGAGGUGGAGGAGGAAGCGAUCCGAGCACUUCACACUCAUCCAUCAGCGCUCUUCAUCCCUCCGUCACCAAGACGACUGGACUCGGCCACACAGCGCUCCAGUACUGCUCUGUUUAAAAAAACGUAUAUAUAUACUUACUCUUAAUUCCCAGCGGCAUAUUUUUUAUUUUCUACAUUUUAUUUGAUCUGCGUAAAUGGAAGAAGAAAAGUAACUUUUUCGGCGUUAAAGUAACUUUUGCCUGCUCGGUCCUCCACCAAAAACUUAACCGUUUUGACGCCUGUGAUGUGUAAAUUGUUAGACGUUGUUUUUAUAGGGAACUUUUGUUUUCAACGCCCUCCUACCCUUAUUUUCCCCACCGUUUGUCUUCAUCAUUGUCUGUGAAUGUCUCUGCCUUGAUUUAUUAAAUAUACUGUUGUAAUAAAGUGUUUCUGGGGUUGCCA